CAAAACAAAUCCAAACAAAAGUUAUACUUUAAUAUUGAAAAACUUCCAAGAUGUGUGCUCACACCCUUGUAUUUUGGUGAUUAAAAAACUGAACUUAAUUAUGCCAUAAAUAUGUCUUUUAUACCAGCAAGACUUUAAUCAUACAUACAGGCCUAUAGGUCAUGAAUGAUAUAUUCAAACUGUGGUACGCCAAAGAAUCACUUGAGUAAAGUACAGUGUUUUAUUUUCCUAUAUUCAGCGUUACUGUUCAAACUAUGUAAUAAUACAGUGGCCAAAAUAUUAAAUAUACUCUGCCUUGUUUUUGAUGAAUACUUAGGCCUACUACGUUACUGUAUUUUAAUGUUGGUCAUUAUGGUGGUACUUGGAGAGCCAAGUGUUUUCUAAGGUGGUACUUGGUGGAAAAAAGUUUGAGAACCACUAAUAUAUUGCAUAACAAAGUUAGUGCUUGCUGGUAUAACACGUUAAAUAUGGCUACUGUCUGUCUUGGGAGGCGCAGCUCUAUAAUCCCAAGAAUGUUUCCUUAUUCCCAACGUUUUUCCUGCCUAAAAAUGACAAUAGACAUCGACAACCAAGGUUGACUGACAGCACGCUUGCUGACUUUUCCAUUCCCAAGUGUCUAUUUUUGUAGUAAUGACUUUAAGUAUGCGUAGGUUGAGGCUGUAAAUGUGACAGAGGUCGCUAAGGAGGGAGGAGGGAGGUGAGGGCUGGGCCAGAAUGGACUGGAAGUGUGCCCCCAGCAGCCUUUAUAAACAUGACCCCCACUCGUCUCCCCACACUCUUUUGUUUACAUACGUGCUUCUUGGCACAACCUCACACUGGAAGGCUCCUCCACAAAUCUUCCUGUUUUAGAUUUGAAGGAAAAGCCGGCAUUUGGCCCCCAAACGUCAUGUACAGCUCCAGCUACUCUCGGGCCAAGUUUGGCCUGGAGGCCAGGGAGCCUCUGCACAAACCGAAAGGGAAGAGCUGCGGCUACUACAUGAGGAUCGUUUUCUUCUUCUCCUCCCUCAUCCAGUCCCUCAUCAUCGUCAGCCUGGUGCUCUUCCUCAUCUACGGGCAGCCCGAGAAGUCCGCCGAGGAGAAGCGAGUCAAGGAGCUGCAGCAGGCCUUGAACAGCCUGAGCGAGAACAACUUCCAGCUGACUAAAGAGAAAAGCCAGCUGGGUGCUCUGCUCGGGGCUCGCACUGCUGAGAAAGCUGCUAUGGAGAAGGCGCUGGAGACGCUCAGAAGUGUUGCAAACACUACUACUGAAUUAAGGAGUAGACUAGUCCAGUGUGAGAGGCUGAUUGCAACAACACGUAGCAGCAUGGGCAUGCGAUGUCCUACUCCACCCAUACAGCAUCCUAUUGUGGUCAAUACUGGCAGUGAGCUGAAAACACUGCAGAGCCUCACCGCUCAACAGAAAGCCAUGAUCGAUCUGAUCGAGGCCAACUUCACUCAGACGGUGCACUACCUGAUUCAGGAGAGAGACAAUGCCCUGAAAGACAGAGACAACCAUCACCACGACGCCAUCGCUCUACGGAGACAAAACACCAUGCUGGAACAGCAGCUCACUGCAUACACCAGGAAAUGCAAAGAGGACUUUGCUCAUUCUUUGGACGGGAUCCAGACGGUGACCAGGGAUUUUCUCAACAAAAUCAACAACUUGUUCCCGCACCAGAUGACCUUUCACCUCACCUGUGAGAGUCAGCAGGAGCAGAUGGAGAAGAUAAGGAACAGCUGCACAAACCUGUCCAGAGAUGUGGAGAACAAGUUUCAGCUGUAUUUGGACAACGUGGGCAACAAGGUGGCUCAGAUUCAAGCCAUGUCCAGUCGUCUGGAGGUGCAGCACACACACCUGACCUCUGACCUGCAGCAGUGUGAACACAACCGCAGUGAGACGCUGGUCGAGAGCAGCAGGCAGCUUCAAGCGAAGCAGAGGACUUAUGACGAGAAGAUGGAGAAACUGCUGAUCGAGCAGAACCGGCUGAGAGAACAGAAACAAUUGCAAGAAGACACUUUGGCCCAGAAAGAAAAGGAGCUGCAGACCCUGAGGGCAUCGCCUAAUUGUAAGGUCGCUCCGUGGAAACCUGCAGGAGUGCAGUCUGUGCCGCAGCACAGCAGGCAAACUGUUGCUAACUGGCCUGCUUUACAAGCGCCGAGCAUCAGCAAAACUCUGACGGUGAGAUGAAAUGCAACAGGAAAUAAUCAGCGGAGGCCACAGCGGUGUAAAAACCAAAAAGUUAAGGAUAUUCGGCUUUUGGGCAAACUUAAAAUGAUAGCUUACUUCACUGUUUUAUUACUUUCCAAAAAAAUCGACUUUAAUUUUUAAAAACACAUUUUUCAAGGAGUUGGUCAAUUGUCCUUUAAAGUGGACAAAAUAUGUUUGAAGUUUUGAAUUUUGUGAACAUUAUAACAAAUGUUUUCAAUGACCUUUAGCAGUGUGUUUACAUAUUUUAACAUCUAAUACUUAAAGGGGAACUGCACUUUCUUUGGAAAUCAUUCACAAUCCUUACAUGUGAUAAGCACACAUUUUCUUUUUUGUAUGCAUUCUAACACAUAAAUAAAGGCUAGCAAAAACCAGCCAACAUUGGAGCUAAUGGGAGUCGCUCUAUUCUGCCAAUAAAAGGACUCUAAAAACAUUCAACAAUGUUUUAUAAACAGGCACAUAAAUAAUAUGUAAUAUUUAUGUAUUUUGCUCAUUUUAAAGUACUCUGAUUAGCUGCAUUGUUAGCCACCUCGUACUUGCCAUAUUUUAGGAAUUAGAAUGCAAUAAAAAAGACAUCUGUUUUUGUCUUCCAUAAGGAUUGUGAAUGAUUGGCAAAAUUCCCCAAAAAAGUGCAGUUCCCAUUUAAGUGUGCAAAAAUAAACACUGAUAUCAUAAGAGUAUCAGAUAACAUAAUAUGUAACAAUAUUAUAACUAUAUUUGCAUUGUAAGGACAUCAAGUAAUCGAUAUGAAAUGUUGAAAGAAAACAAGGUUGUAACAAUAUUUCUGCCAGUCGAAUAUAAUAUAGCCUUCAAUGCAGGAAGUCCCAUUUAUUACAGAUAUUAUUCUUAACAAUUUCCUCAACACAUUUAUUCAGCAAUCAAAAAUGUGAACAAUCAUAUAGAUCCUUAUUUGUUGCUUGAUGUCAGCAUAUUUCUAUAAAUGCAAGGGAGGAAUGAACCUACUCAGUGGCCUAGUGGUUAGAGUGUCCCCCCUGAGAUCGGUAGGUUGUGAGUUCAAACCCCGGCCGAGUCAUACCAAAGACUAUAAAAAAAUGGGACCCAUUACCUCCCUGCUUGGCACUCAGCAUCAAGGGUUGGAAUUGGGGGUUAAAUCACCAAAAUGAUUCCCGGGCGCGGCCACCGCUGCUGCCCACUGCUCCCCUCACCUCCCAGGGGGUGAUCAAGGGUGAUGGGUCAAAUGCAGAGAAUAAUCUCGCCACACCUAGUGUGUGUGUGACAAUCAUUGGUACUUUAACUUUAACUUUAACUUUUAACAUACGCUAUGUGCCUCGCCUGCGCUGCACGCGUCGGCCAAUAGUGACCCCAGAUGUCAAGUCUUUUUUAACUUUGACAGUAAGAUAUAUAAUAUACACUGUAGUGACGCUAUGCCUGAAAUCAUUCAUGUGCAAUUUAGGUUUAUCCUGAAAUUUCACCCAAAAGCCCAAUAUCCAUAACUUUUUGUGUGCGUGUACCAACAUGCAUCAAAUGUAAAUAUACACUUUCACAUUCAUAAUUACUUCUUACUUGGGAAAAAAUGAUUGUGUAAUGUUUCUGUAUCUCUGCUUUCAACUUGAUGUAAAAACACGACAAAGACGCUGGUGUAAAUAUUUCUCUUGAGUGUUACUCAUUUUGUUUAUACUUAGAUUUUCAAUUUAAUAAAUUAAAAUGACCCAU